CAGUGUAUCUGUGUUCAAUUCAAGUGCGAAUUUGUUUUAUUGUUAAAAGAUUCAAAUUCAUCAAAGGCGGAAAGUAUAUAUCAUUUUAAAAUGGCCAAAUAUUUACAAGAUUUUAAGCCUGGCCCCUUAGAUCGUUAUCGUAAACAGGCAACUUUUGAUUGGAAAAAACUGAAAAUAUUUAUUGAAAGUGAAGAAAUUAUAGAAUAUAAGGCUAAAAUAUGGCAAACACUUGAAGAAAAUAAACUAUUCCAACAUACAUUAAAUACACCUACAAUGGAUGAACAAAGAAAAUUGACAACAAAAAGACAAUUUGCGAUUAUGGCUUUAAACAUGUUAAACUUGGACACUGUCAUUGAGAAUCCCCUGAAAUCAACAGCUUUCAAUACGGCACUAUUCCAAUAUGAUACAUCGUUAGCUUUGAAAAUAUUAUUAGGUUUUGGAUUGUUUCAAAAUUCUAUACGAUCAAUGGGAACUGAUCGUCAUUUUCAUUUAUUGGAAGAAUCAGAUGAAGGCAAGAUAACUGGCAGUUUUUCUCUGACUGAAAUUUCGCAUGGUACAAAUACGAAGGGCAUGCGUACAACUGCCACAUACGAUCCAAAAACCGAAGAAUUUAUUUUGAAUACUCCUGAUUUUGAAGCAGCCAAAUGUUGGGUUGGAUCAUUAGGUAAAACAGCAACUCACUCAACGGUUUAUGCAAAAUUAAUAACACCUGACGGUAUAAACCAUGGUUUACAUGUAUUCGUGGUACCAAUUCGAAGUCAAAAAACCUUCUUACCAUUCCCGGGGGUAAUUGUUGGAGAUUUGGGAGAAAAAAUUGGUUUAAACGCAGUUGAUAACGGCUUUGUUAUGUUCGACAAUUAUCGUAUACCUCGAGAAAGUUUAUUAAAUCGUUCAGCCGAUGUCACACCUGCUGGCAAAUACAUUAAAGCGAAGAAAUCAGGAAGCUCCGAUACUGCGUUAGGUAUGCUGUCAGGUGGACGGAUAAGUAUUAUGUCAUUCGCUCUUGCAUUAUUAGAAAAGGCUGUUGUUAUUGCAACAAGAUAUUCAGCGGCUCGAAAACAAUUUGGUAAUAAAAAUGAAGAGUUCCCGGUUAUUGAGUAUCCUACGCAACAAUGGAGAUUAUUCCCAUAUUUAGCGGGCACGUAUGUCAUUAAAAUGGCUGGUGCUCAUUUAAGUGUGUGUUAUAUUCAAUUUUAUAUAGAUACAAUUUUGGGUAACAAAACAGAAAAUAUGGAUGUUCAAGGAAUUGAAUUGCAUGCGCUCUCAUCAGCCGGAAAACCUGUAGCGAGUUGGUUUACACAAGCUGCAAUACAAGAAUGUCGUGAAGCAUGUGGUGGCCAUGGAUAUCUCAAAGCUGCACAAUUGGGUGAUUUACGAAAUGAUAAUGAUGCCCAUUGUACGUAUGAAGGAGAAAAUACAGUUCUUAUUCAGCAAGCAAGCAAUUGGUUAUUAAAAUUAUGGUCUAUGGUUUUGAAGAAGGAGCAAAUUAACACACCACUAAAUUCAGUUUAUUAUCUAAAUAAUGCUGAACAAUUGUUAGUUUCAAAAUUUAAAACGGAUUGUGUUGAAGAUAUUCUUAGACCUGAUUCUAUUAUAAAACUCUAUCAAUGGUUAAUUUGUUGGUACUUAAAGCAGACAUAUGAAAAAAGAGAAAUUAUAUGCAAAAAUCAAGAUCCCUUUGACGCUAAAAACAAUUCUCAAGUUUAUCUUGCAUACCCGUUGUCUAUAGUUUAUGUACAGCAUUACAUGUUAGAACAUUUUUAUAAUCAAAUUAAGACUUGCAACGAUAUAAAAAUUCAAGCAGUACUUCAAAAAUUAUUUUGCUUAUAUGGUCUUUUUUCACUUGAAAAACAUAUCCCAACAUUGUACCAAGGUGGAUUAAUCAGUGGACCUAAUUUUGUUACACAUUUUCGUGAAGCGAUUCCAUUACUUUGCAAACAAUUAUUACCGGAUGCUGUUUCAUUGGCAGAUACAAUUGCACCUCCAGAUUUUAUAUUAAAUUCUGUUCUAGGAUAUUCUAACGGGGAGGUGUAUAAAAAUAUAGAAUCAAAAUUGUUCCAAAAUCCAGAAACAUUUUCAAGAGUAAGCUGGUGGCAAGAUGUUCUUGAAUCCAGUGCAUAUACAAGUGAUUUUAAAUCAAAAUUUUAGAAAGUAUAACUAAAUUAUUUUUUAUGGUAAAAUAUGAAAUUAAAAUGUUUUGUUUUGUAGCAAAUUUAUUGUGAACAUAAUUUUGAAAAAUAAAAUACUUUCGAGAAAUCUACAAAGAACCCCCACUCCCCGUCCUUAUUUGAAAAUUCAACUUAA